UGUCUGGUGGUUUCGCUGCAGCAACACUUCCUGGUUUUCACCCACCGGCUGCACUCCGCUGAGGUGGAGAGGCGGAGCCUGAGGUUAGAGGUCGCACGCCUCAAACGUGUCACCAAGGGCGAUCGAGGACCGUGCCACCUGGUGCCGGCAGAGCGGUUUGGCAGUGUGUGUGAGGAGUUGAGACAGGCCUUACAGAGAGAGGAGCAGGCUCAGGGUCUCCUGAGACAACAGUCUGACCAGCUACACACACUGGGGUUACGCAUGGACACACAUUGUGGAGAAGAGAGAGAGAGAGAACAGACACUCUCACAGGCCGUACAGAGUCUGUCAGAAGCUCGUCAGGAGGUGCGUCAGAAGGAGCAGUCUCUAAGGGUUCUGGGUAAACACCUGUCGGGCCUACAGCAGGAGAAGAAGAGUCUGGAGGAGAGUGUCAGACACGCGGAGGAUGCACUACGCAUGGCAGCCAAGUACGCACUAGCACCCUACACACUAUACCCUAAACACUAUACCCUAAACACUAUACCCUACACACUGCACCCUAAACACUAUACCCUAAACACUAUACCCUAAACACUAUACCCUACACACUAUACCCUACACACUAUACCCUACACACUGCACCCUAAACACUAUACCCUAAACACUAUACCCUAAACACUAUACCCUAAACACUAUACCCUACACACUGCACCCUAAACACUAUACCCUAAACACUAUACCCUAAACACUAUACCCUAAACACUAUACCCUACACACUGCACCCUAAACACUAUACCCUAAACACUAUACCCUAAACACUAUACCCUAAACACUAUACCCUACACACUGCACCCUAAACACUAUUCCCUAAACACUAUACCCUACACACUAGAACCCUAAACACUAUACCCUACACACUAUACCCUACACACUGCACCCUAAACACUAUACCCUACACACUAGAACCAUAAACACUAUUCCCUAAACACUAUACCCUACACACUAUUCCCUAAACACUAUACCCUACACACUAUACCCUAAACACUAUACCCUACACACUAUUCCCUAAACACUAUACCCUACGCACUAGAACCCUAAACACUAUUCCCUAAACACUAUACCCUACACACUAGAACUCUAAACACUAUACCCUAAACACUAUACCCUACACACUGCACCCUACACACUAUACCCUAAACACUAUACCCUACACACUGCACCCUACACACU